AUGCCGCAUAGUGUGACUCAAACACCGGCGAAUGGAGGCCCAAUUACCGUGCAAGCUCUGGCCGACUUUUUGGAGACGCUCGAAGAAGCGGGCCAGCUGGUACGGAUUCCGGUUGAGGUCGACCCCAGCGAAGAGAUCGCGGCCAUCACCACGCAGGUUGCCGUCCGCGGUGGGCCCGCGUUGCUUUUCGAGAAGGUUCGUGGGCAUCGUCUGGCGAUUGUUAGUAACUUGCUGGGUAGCGAGGACCGGGUGUGUCGGGCGAUGGGGGCGGAGAGUGUAACCGCCUUGCAAGAACGGGUGGCCUCCCUGUGGCAGCCGGCACAGACACCGGCGACUGGGUGGUUGGGCAAGUUGCGUGGGGGCAACUCGGGUGAUUCUUUGGCCCCGCCGCAACCACGAUCGGUUCGGAAUGCUCCCUGUCAGCAGAUCGUGCAAUUGGGGAGCGACGUGGAUUUAGGCACCUGGCCGCUGGUGGCGCAAAGUGCUGGCGAGACAGGUCCGUCGCUGGUAGGAGGAUUGGUUUAUACGAUCGACCCUGAGUCCGGCGUGCGGCAUGUCACGCGGUGCAACUUGCAAAUGGUUGGGCCGCGCCAGUUGGCUCCGUCUUGGCAUUCCUUCUCGGCGGCUGCUCGUGAUUUGGCCGCCUGUGAAGCCCGGGGCGAGAGCAUGCCGGUGGCGGUGAUGCUCGGUGGCGAUCCGUCGCACACGCUCGUAGCGGCGACACUGUUCGAAGCUGAUUGGGACGUGGUGGCUUGGACUUCGCAUCUUACGGGUCAGCCGGGUGAGUUGGCUCGCUGCCGCACGCAUGGGUUGGAAGUGCCGGCCGAGGCCGAAAUGGUGAUCGAGGGGCUGGUUGAUCCGGCGAUUCAGCACGAGCAGCCGAGUACCUCGACGGCGGCGACGGGCUAUUACCGCGAUUUGUUGGGCCAGCCGGUCGUGGAGGUUUCGGCCAUCACCCACCGCAACGGGCCUAUCUUGCCGGUGAACAUAGAUGCGACCGCGAGGCAGAACGAACAGGCGGUGUUAGGGCGGGUGGCUACGCGGAUGUUCUUACCGCUGCUACAGAGGGCCGUGCCCGAGGUGGUUGAUAUCGCCUUGCCCUACGGCGAUGCGGCGCGAAGUUUUGCAGCGGCAUCGAUGAAGAAGGCGUAUCCGAUGCAGGCCCGAAAUGUGGCUGGGGGGUUGUGGAAUGUGCCGUGGCUGAUGGGGCUGAAGAUGCUGGUGCUGGUCGACGAGGAUGUCGAUGUGCAUGACACGACUGGCGUUCUGCAUGCGGUUGCCACACAGGUCGACCCGCGGCGUGAUGUGUGGGUGGAGGAUGCGGCUUCCCAUCCGUUGAAUCAUGCGGCGGGGUUGCCGGGCGUGGGGAGCCGGAUGGUGAUUGAUGCUACCGCGAAAUCGACCGCCGAACGGGGUGGGGUGUGGCCGGCGAAGGUUGCCCUGUCGGCUGAAGUCUCUGAGUUGCUUCGCAAGCGGUGGGCCGAGUACGGCUUGCCUGAGCGGACAGUGAUGGCGGUUGAUAAGUCGGCGGAUCGUGUGCGGACGAUGUUCGGCGAGAUUGCCGGCCGCUACGACUUUUUGAAUCACCUGUUGUCGAUGAACGUCGACCGCUACUGGCGGUGGCGCACGGUGCGGUUGGUGCCGCCGGAGGAGUCGGCCCCGAUUCUCGACAUGUGCACCGGCACCGGUGACCUGGCCCUGGCGUACUAUCGGGCCAGUAGCGACGAGACGCCGGUUGUGGGGGCAGACUUUUGUCAUCCAAUGCUGGUGAUUGGCGCCGACAAGGGACGCAAAGCCGGCGCGAACGGGCGGUUGAACUUCAUCGAGGCCGACGCGCGGCGACUCCCCUUCCCCGACGACAUGUUUCAAAUUGUCUCGGUGGCGUUUGGGUUGCGGAACGUCGAAGACACCGACGGCGGGCUGCGAGAGAUGGCCCGGGUGUGUCGGCCUGGGGGACGGGUGGCGGUGUUGGAGUUCUCGAUGCCGGGCUGGCAGCCGUUCAAGGGAAUUUAUAGUUGGUACUUUCGCAACGUGCUGCCGCGGAUCGGCCAGGCCCUGGCCCGGAACCGGCAAGAGGCCUACAGCUACCUGCCGGCGAGCGUGGGUGAGUUUCCAUCGGGUGAAGAAUUCGCCGAGCGUAUGCGGGCCGUAGGGCUGCGAAAGGUGAAGUACUAUCCAUUCACUUUGGGUGUGGUGUUGAAACAGGAAUUAGGAAUCGAGGUCGACCUGGAGAACUUCGACCCCAAGCUGAUGACACUCGAGGGGACAGCGUUUGCCAAGGAAGAUGCUGAGCGAAGUGUGUGGGAAGACGGCCCUGGUGGUGCCCCGUCGGUUCGUGCAGUUCGGCCCCAGGGGCGAACUGCCGGGCAAGUGCAUUACUACCACUUCAGCGAUUACAUGGCCCCCAUCGCCAGCGGGACGUUCCGCAACGAGGGGAUGGUGAUUUGUCCUUGCUCGGGAGCCACAGUGAGUGCGGUGGCCCAUGCUUCGUCGCAAAACCUGGUGCAUCGGGCGGCCGACGUGCAACUGAAGGAGCGACGUAAGCUGGUGAUUGUUCCUCGCGAGGCACCGAUGUCGAGCAUCCAACUGCGGAACCUGUGCCUUUGUUCCGAAGCCGGGGCCGUGGUGCUGCCGGCAAGCCCGGGCUGGUACCACGGGGUGAACUCGGUGAUGGACUUGGUCGAUUUCGUGGUGUCGCGGAUCUGUGAUCAGUUGGGGGUGGAUAACGACUUGAUUCAGCGUUGGGGGGAGUAG